AUGAUACAGAUAAUACACGACCAGUUUGUGACCAUAAGCAACUAUGCUGGAGGGAUCCCGCCAGAUUAUUUAAAAUUAAUAUUUGUUUGCCUGUUAUCCUACCCGCUUGCCGGAAUCCUUAAGCGACUUCCUGAUGUCAACCCGGUUGCGAAGAAUCUCUUCUUGAUAGCGACGUCCCUAUUUUACCUAUUGGGCGUAUUCGAUUUAUGGGGCGGCAUACGAACGGUUGCGAUUAGCUCUGUCGGGACGUACUUGAUCGCUGCCUUGAUCAAAGGCCCGUUGAUGCCAUGGAUAGGAUUUGUGUUUAUUAUGGGCCAUAUGGCGAUUUCCCACAUUGCGAGACAGAGGAGGGGCGAUGAUACCGUUGUCGAUAUCACUGGUGUGCAAAUGGUCUUGGUUAUGAAGUUAACUGCCUUUUGCUGGAAUGUUUGGGAUGGGAAAUUCCCAGAUUCGGAACUUACACCCCUUCAACAAGAUCGCGCGAUUCGAGAAAUGCCUAGCUUGUUAGAUUAUGCAGGAUAUGUGCUUUUCUUCCCGUCCCUCAUGGUUGGGCCUGCCUUCGAUUUUAGUGAAUAUAAAAAAUGGCUCGACACCACUAUGUUCGACGUCGAGGUGCUUGAUAAAAAAGGCGUCCUUAGAAAGAAGCGACGUAUUCCUAGAAGCGGACGACCGGCAACCCUAAAGGCUAUUGUUGGAUUAAUCUGGAUUGGACUUUUUGUCAAAGCAUCGGCAAUGUUUACUGUUGACUUCACACUCAGCGAUGGCUUUUUGAAACACAACAUCAUUUGGAGGAUGUUCUACGUUUACUUCCUCAUGCUCGGUGCGAGGUUCAAGUACUACGGCAUCUGGAGUUUGACCGAAGGAGCAUGUAUUCUCGCAGGCCUUGGUUAUAAUGGCUUAGAUGAAAACAAGCGUAUUCGGUGGGAUAGAGUAAACAACAUUGACGCUUGGACACUCGAGACCGCCCAGAACAGCAGGGCCUUAUUGGAGGCUUGGAAUAAAAAUACGAACAAAUGGUUGAGGAAUUACAUCUAUCUGAGAGUUACACCUAAGGGAAAGAAACCAGGCUUCAGAAGCUCAAUGGCGACAUUCGUGACAAGUGCCUUCUGGCAUGGAUUUUACCCCGGCUAUUAUCUUGCUUUCACUACCGCUUCGUUAGUUCAGACAGUCGCUAAAUUCUCGCGGAGGUAUAUCCGGCCAUUCUUCCUCUCACCAGAUGGCACGAAACCCACAAAGUCCAAGAUAUACUACGACAUCUUCGGAGCCGUGGUCACUCAAGCAGCCCUAGCAUAUAUGUCACCCCCAUUCAUCGUCUUAGACUUUGAUAAAACAAUCAUGCUUUGGUCUAGAGUCUGGUUCUACGGUCACGCGGCUAUCAUUACCAUGUACAUCUUCUUUAAGAGUCCAGCGGUUGGUGUUAUUAAAGCACAGUUGAAGAAGAGAUCAACUGCGGCCCCAGAAAAGCCUACGAAGGAACAAGUACUAAACGAGCUUCGGAAAGAAGCACAACCAUUUGGUAUUCCGGACGAGGAUAUUGUAGUAGCGGAUGUGAAUGAGGCCAUCGAGGAAAUCAAGGAGCUAAAGGAGAGACAGGCGGCGGGGGAGAAUCCUUUCCAAGCGUUUAGGGACAUUAAAGCAAAGAGGCAAUAG